UUGGUUUUGGUUUUAUAUAUUUUUAAUUUUUUUUUUAAUCUUCCAUCCGAAAAGAGCUGUCAGUAGCCGACAGGCUACACGUAAGAGAUAGCGACAGAGGGAAAAAAAAGUCAGAGACACUCCUGAAGGGAGACCGUGACACUAACUCUUCCAGCUCUGCUGGGGCGUCCGGCUUCAGCCGCUGUGUUUUUCCCUUCCCCCGAGAGACACUUUCCCCUUUCCCCUCUGACGAGAAGACAAGUGGCAGGACAGAGAGGGCACCAGAGCUGCCCCUCCAAAAUGGGAGGUCGGUUCCUGCUGACGCUCGCCCUCCUCUCUGUGCUGCUGAGCCGCUGCCAGGUCGCCUGCUCCGGGGUCUUCGAGUUGAAGCUGCAGGAGUUUGUCAAUAAGAAGGGGCUGCUCAGCAACCGCAACUGCUGCCGCGGGGGCAGCCCCGGCGGCGGCGGGCUGCAGCAGUGCGACUGCAAGACGUUCUUCCGCGUCUGCCUCAAGCACUACCAGGCCAGCGUCUCCCCUGAGCCGCCCUGCACCUACGGCAGUGCCAUCACCCCCGUCCUCGGUGCCAACUCCUUCAGCGUCCCCGAUGGAGCGGGUGGUGCCGACCCCGCUUUCAGCAAUCCCAUCCGCUUCCCCUUCGGCUUCACCUGGCCUGGCACCUUCUCGCUCAUUAUUGAGGCUCUGCAUACGGACUCUCCUGAUGACCUCACCACAGAAAAUCCUGAGCGCCUCAUCAGCCGCUUGGCCACCCAGAGGCACUUGGCAGUGGGUGAAGAGUGGUCCCAAGACCUGCACAGCAGCGGCCGCACUGACCUCAAGUACUCCUAUCGCUUUGUUUGCGAUGAGCACUACUACGGAGACGGCUGCUCUGUCUUCUGCCGCCCCCGCGACGAUGCCUUUGGUCACUUCACUUGUGGAGAGCGUGGCGAGAAAGUCUGCAACCCAGGCUGGAAAGGCCAGUACUGCACUGAGCCGAUUUGUUUGCCUGGAUGCGAUGAGCAGCAUGGCUUUUGCGACAAGCCUGGGGAAUGCAAAUGCAGAGUGGGUUGGCAGGGGCGAUAUUGUGAUGAGUGUAUCCGAUACCCAGGCUGUCUUCAUGGUACCUGUCAGCAGCCAUGGCAGUGCAACUGCCAGGAAGGCUGGGGUGGCCUUUUCUGUAACCAGGAUCUGAACUACUGCACCCACCACAAGCCCUGCAAGAAUGGUGCCACAUGCACCAACACUGGUCAGGGGAGCUACACUUGUUCUUGUCGACCUGGGUACACAGGCUCCAACUGUGAGAUUGAAAUUAAUGAAUGUGAUGCCAACCCCUGCAAGAAUGGUGGAAGCUGCACUGAUCUUGAGAACAGCUAUUCCUGUACCUGCCCCCCAGGCUUCUACGGUAAAAACUGUGAGCUAAGUGCAAUGACUUGUGCCGACGGACCAUGCUUCAAUGGUGGGCGAUGCACAGACAACCCUGAUGGGGGUUACAGCUGCCGCUGCCCACUGGGUUAUUCUGGGUUCAACUGUGAGAAGAAAAUUGAUUACUGCAGCUCCAGCCCUUGUGCUAAUGGAGCCCAGUGCAUUGAUCUGGGGAAUUCCUACAUAUGCCAGUGCCAGGCUGGAUUCACUGGGAGACACUGUGAUGAUAAUGUGGAUGACUGCGCCUCCUUUCCCUGUGUCAAUGGAGGGACCUGCCAGGAUGGUGUCAAUGACUAUUCCUGCACCUGCCCCCCGGGAUACAAUGGGAAGAACUGCAGCACCCCAGUGAGCAGAUGUGAGCACAACCCCUGCCACAACGGGGCCACCUGCCACGAAAGAAACAACCGCUAUGUCUGUGAAUGUGCCCGAGGCUAUGGUGGGCUCAACUGCCAGUUUCUGCUCCCCGAGCCACCUCAGGGACCGAUUAUUGUUGACUUCACUGAGAAGUAUACCGAAGGCCAGAAUUCCCAGUUCCCCUGGAUCGCUGUCUGCGCUGGGAUUAUCUUGGUCCUCAUGCUGCUGCUGGGCUGCGCUGCUGUGGUUGUCUGCGUCAGGCUCAGAGUGCAGAAAACGCACCACCAGCCUGACGCCUGCAGGAGCGAGACUGAGACCAUGAACAACCUGGCAAACUGCCAGCGUGAGAAGGACAUUUCCAUAAGUGUCAUUGGUGCUACUCAGAUUAAAAACACAAAUAAGAAAGUAGACUUUCACAGUGAUAACUCUGAUAAAAGUGGCUACAAAGUCCGAUACCCGUCUGUGGAUUACAAUUUGGUGCAUGAACUCAAGAACGAGGACUCUGUUAAAGAGGAACAUGGCAAAUGUGAAGCCAAGUGUGAAACGUAUGAUUCAGAGGCAGAGGAGAAAAGUGCAGUGCACCUAAAGAGUAGUGAUACUUCUGAAAGAAAACGGCCAGAUUCAGUAUAUUCCACUUCAAAGGACACAAAGUACCAGUCGGUGUAUGUCAUAUCAGAAGAGAAAGAUGAGUGCAUCAUAGCAACUGAGGUGUAAACCAGAGGCGAUAUGAUAAGGUGGUUGUUCAGAACAAUUUCAGAGGAGACAUGCCCCGAUGAAUGCUGCUGAAAGAGGAAUGGGAGAUAGAUUCCUUCACUGACUGCUGCUGAGAAACUAAAUUCAGGCUUGAGCUGGUUCUCUACUGAAGUUAGCAAGUGACUGCAAAAUAAAGGAACAAGAUGGACACCAGGCAAAGGGUCUGUGUUCAAAGAUUACUGUUGCACUGCCUUUUAUGAAAUUUAUCAUUGCACUAUGGUCAGUUGCUUUUCUAUAUAUAUUUAAAUGAAUGGACUUAAUUACUACGUAAGAAGCAUGCACUGCCUGAAGUGUAUAUUUUGGAUUCUUAUGAGCCAGUCUUUUUCUUGAAUUAGACACAAACACUGCCUUUAUUGUCCUUUUUUUGAUACUAAAAAUGUGUUUUUACUAGGUGAGAAAAAAAAAAGAAGUGUGUUAUUUUUUUGAACCUGUAAAAAAAAUAUUUUCAUGGAUAAUUGUAAAGUUUGUGUAUUUUGUGACCUUCAAUUUUUUUUUAUAAUUUAAAUUUUGUUGGUAAAUAUGUAUAAAGGCACUUCGGGUCUCUAUGUGACUAUAUUUUUUUGUAUAUAAAUGUAUUUAUGGAAUAUUGUGCAAAUGUUAUUUGAGU